AUGGAUCGAAAACCGCAGUUUCCAUUCAACAAAUCACUAAACAGCCUGCAAUCGUCUCCACGCAGGUACAACUCCGCUGGCCCCGAUGAUGAUCUGGUAUUAACGAAGCCACCACAGCGGGAGACGGCAAUUAUGCCGCCGUCUAAUCAAGUGCCAAAGUCGACACACACCGUACCAUCGAGUAUCGAUUCUCUAAUGCCGGUGACGUCAAGACUGAAUAGGCCGACUAAGCGAAGAAGUAAUGCCAUAUACGGUCGACAGAUAAAGAACGACCUCAGCCCAAAGAAACAGAAGGUGACGGCCACAGAAAGACUUUCUGCGAAAAAGAAGCUGGAUGUUUACGUUUACGACCUGGGAGAAAAAGAGUCCGACUUGCUACAUCUGGGAGAAGACAACGACGAAAUGGAAAGCAUCAUGAAAGAGUUCGACGUAGACGAGAUGGAACAGAAGUCACAUGACCUCCAGGACGCUGUGGAGACGUACAAACGUGAAAGAGAAAGGGAGAAAGAAAAGGAGAGAGGAAAGGCCCGAGAGAAAGGCACCAGCGUGUCGAGGCACAUUUCGGAGCAGCUGAAAAACGAUACCCUGCUGGGCAUGAAGACCCGUGAUAAAACUUCUAAGGCAAUUGAUUCGUUCCACAAGAAGAACAGUCAGCAAGGUCAUAGACUGCGAGACCUUUCUCUACAAUCGCUCAUAAAUAACAAGGACAAGUCCGACGCAGUGAAAAGGAAGUAUGCUGGCAAGAAAAAGUAUAUUAAGCAAGACCUUAUCCAAAAGGUUGAACACAUUCGGGAAAUUGUCGAGAAAUACAGAGCUGUUGUGAUAGACAUACUCGAGGGUCAGAUAGGAUCAUACUUUUACAAUGAAGCAAAGAAGCUACAGCAGGCUUCUCCGUUAAUGACAAUACGAGGUGAGGAUAUAUCCAAUUUGCCGAAAGAACGAUUUUAUGGAUACAUUGGUGCUGUGCGUGGGUUCCACAUCGGAAAGGCCAUUGAGAGAGACCCUACCUUACGGAAUCUCAUCAAGGAGAAAGCAAAGUUCAGCAAAGUAAUUAACUUCUGGGGUGUAGACAAUUUCACACAGUAUGUUCUUGCCCCCGAAGUGAUUGCGCACAUCGUUCUAGAGCAAGGAAAACUGGAAGAUCUUGAUGCUGCCUACGAUGAAAUGGAAGAGACCAACGACUACGGAAUCUUUGUCACCAAUACUGUCGAUAUAGAGGGCAAAGACAGCAUUGACACCCCUUUGGACGAGGAAAACAUAGAGUUUAUCGUUUCUGAGGAGGAAGAUGGCCACAAUACCGGUCCACUCGGGGCUGACCAAUAUAUCCAUGACCUUGAAAGUAGCAGAGACAAGGAAGACAGUGACACCGAGGAGAACAGUAAGGAUCUCAUAGAUGAUAUCUUCGGUUGA